UAAAGGGACCGCGCCAGGAAGGACUGCAGCUUGUUAGGAGAAAACAAACAAGGCAUUAAACUGAAAGGUGGCUGGGCUGGGCAGAAAAGCAUUUGGAUGGAGAAAGGGAAAGCUUCAAGAAGCAUCAGAGCUGUAGCUUUUAACACCAAGGAGACCAGGAUUUGAACCCAGGACACAGAUGCUUUCCUAUGAGCCGUGGAUGUAGGAUGUUAGAACCUCAAGAACAAGAGGAACUGACCACUGUGCGCGUUCAAGAUCCUCGUGUACAGAAUGAGGGGUCUUGGAACUCUUAUGUGGACUACAAAAUAUUCCUCCAUACCAACAGCAAAGCCUUCACAGCGAAGACGUCCUGUGUGCGCCGACGGUACCGUGAGUUUGUGUGGCUGAAGAAACGGCUCCAGAAAAAUGCUGGAUUGGUGCCUGUCCCAGAGCUUCCAGGAAAGUCUACCUUCUUUGCAGGCAGCACUGACGAAUUCAUUGAGAAGCGACGACAAGGGCUUCAGCAGUUCCUGGAGAAGGUGUUACAGAAUGUUGUACUUCUUUCGGAUAGUCAACUACAUCUCUUCCUCCAGAGCCAGCUCUCUAUACCAGAGAUUGAAGCUUGUGUCCAAGGUCGGGGCUCUCUGAGUGUCACUGAUGCCAUUCUCCGCUAUGCCAUGUCAAACUGUGGUUGGGUGCAGGAGGAGGACAGUCAUGCAGCUCUGCUGGCCGGAGGAGACUUCAGCAGUAGCUCGGAUGGAGGAAGCCAUCUUGGCAAGAACUCCUUGGAACCCCUUCCUCAUUGGAGUGAUGUCAGCUUGGAAGACAGCCAAGUGGAGAGCCCAGAUUCUGAGGAAGAGGAACACCUCCCUGAAGGGCUGCUGCCAGAUGACACUGUAGCAUCAACUGAGCCAGUCAGUGAACAAUGAGAGGAAAACAAAGGGUCCACUCAGGAUGUCCUCAGGGGUGUUAUGUUAACCUCUGGCCCUUUCCCAGAAAUUGUUUUUCCUUUUGGAACUCCAGUCCAUGUAUGAACGGACCAGUGGGAUACCUGAGCAGCCAGAACUGAUGCUUCAGCCACCCAGGUGUAGCUCCAAAUACUCUGGCACGCUCCUGUUCUUGUGGCUUGAUCUUUUGUGUACAAAGAAGAGCUGCCUUCAAGCAAGGGCUUGUCAGUUGAACACUUUCUCCCACUUUUUGUAAACUGUUGGCAAGAGACUCUAGACAGGAAACUGCUGUUGGUUUUGUUUUGGCUGUGUUCUCUCUCCUCGCCCCUGCCGCCUCAACUCCCAUAGCUGAUAGCACUUCUUGCAAAGGCCCAGCUGCCUUCUGUUGUCUUGUAGGCAUGUCAAAAGAAAAAUUGCCUGGGGUUAGACUUUUCCUUUGUUGUACAGAGCUGGGGAGCCCACCUGGCAGCCAUGGAUGCCAAUCCCACAUCUGGGUUCCACUGAUGGAGCUGCGUGCUGCUGAGAUGAAUGCCUGUGCACCCUCCCCAGCUCAUUAUCGCCCAGGUGGAUUUUGCUAAAGGGUGUGAGAUGGGCAACAAGGGCCCCUUUGCAUACAUGAUGCAUAACCUAGGAAGGAGUUUUUCCUGAUACAUUUCACGGCCUUGGCACAGCACACUAACUGAUUAGGGUUAAUGCAAACCCGUUAUAUGCUAGAAGAAAUGCAUCACACUCCUGUGUGUGCACAUAAAUGCAAACCACUUCUGCAUCUUUGAUUUGGAUGUCUGAUGAUGAUCUCCCUGCUAUUGUUACUGCAUAGGACACAGAGCAGAAAUCCUGUGGGCAAAAUACAGAAAUGUGUAAACCCCUCCUCUGACUUGUCCAUUCUUCAUUAGGUCUGAGAGCUAGCAGAACUGUGAAUAAUGCAUUCAAAUAGGCAAGAAGUCCUGGAGGAGGAUUCCAAUCUCUCUUUUGCUCUUUCUUCCUCCCUCUCUCACCCCAAAUGAUUUGCUGUGCUAUGUAAGAAAAGCUUCCAAUGCUACCCAUGUAAUAUCUUCCCCAUCCAUAUUUGAUGGAAAAGUAGCAAGUUUCUUGACCUCUAAUUUGGAGAAACUCAAAUAUUAGGGCAAUUUCUCACUGAAAUGAGAAACAUCCUAUAUUCUACACUCUGUGGGCCUUGACUUUUAAUAGACCACAGCCUCCUCUUCCUUACAAUACUUCUUUUAUCACUUCUUCUCUUUCUUGCCUUCUCAUUUCAGUAAAGUCUACAUAAAGUAAUAUGUGCAAGCAGAAGAGCUAUUAGUCUAAAUCAGAGUAGGCAACUGUGGCCUUCCAGAUGGUUUUGGCCUACAACUCCCAACAGUCAGUGUCACAUAACUUUCUCUAAUCUUCCCUGCUCCCAAUAGAAUUAUGCAAUAUUUUCUUUUUGUGAGGAAUUUCAGAGGCUGACAUAGAGGAGAAAAUACACACAUUUCUCUUUUAACUGCUAAAAUUAUGUUUUCUUACUUGUUAGGGACAUUUCCUUCUUAAAAUGAUGGUGUACAGGCCAUUGGGAAACUGAAGAAGCAAGACCUCAGUUACACAGAGAGAUCAGGUUGCUAAAAAAGGGAAGUGUUCGGUACCAGCCUCUGAAGUUUUGCAGCCCUUAGACUUGUACAUCUUUGUCUCUUUACAUAGAUUCAGAGUGUGAAUACCUGUGGGAAAGGCACCAUUUGUUCUUUUUUUAUAAUAUAAAAGUAAAGCACAGUGGCUAGUAUUUUAUGUUCAUCAUAUUCAAACGAACUAGAAGAUUUUGUCAGCCACUGAGCCAGAAUUUGGGAAAGAGCUGUCAGUAUGUAUAAGCUGUUUGUGAUAGAAGAACAUUCCACAACUACUUGAAAAUGUAAACCUGUAGUGGCCAGUCAGUAGCAGUUUAUGUAAGACCCGCAUGACUCCCUCGCCUGGUUUAAAAGUUGAUUGUCUGGAAGUGCGAUUGAAUUUAUUUCCAAGUUAAACUCAUAAAUAUGUGGGUAUAGAAUUUUUAUUAACAGUGCUAGCCGGUUACUACAGUUGAAACUAUUGGAAUGAUUGACUCGGUAAGACAUUUUCUGUCCUAAGCAGAUCCUCUACUUGUUGCUCAGUGUAUUCUGGUCAGAGCAUGGACAAAUAGCUUUUUGGAACAUAUUGGCUAGGGGAUUCUGGGGUAUAUAGUCCAAAAGGUAACUUUCAAGUUCAGCUGCUGGAUCACUCAGAUGGCAGUGGUGUAUGGGAUGCUACUGGAGAUGUGGUUGAUAGGGAAUAGAAUCAAAUGGUCUUGCUUCAUUUUAGCUUAUGACCCAUUCCAAUGUAUCUGAGUGGUUAAGAGAUGAAACACAUAGAGUAGCUUUAGUGAUGCUACUAUCCAUUGACUUUUCUUCUUUCUCUUUUUUAGCUAUUAUAAUAAAAUAGAAUGUGUGUAUCUCUGUGUGUACACCUGCCUGCCUCCAUAGCUCCAAAACUGACAUCUAGGGAUGAAUACUAGGGACUCUGGAGUUGUGUAUCUCAGAGUUAUUUUGUUAUGUUGUUUUUGAAAAGGCUGAGUUAAUUUUGUUCAUGAAAACCCAUCUGUAGCCUACAAUAAAGGUUUUUGAGCCACUAAGUGGCAGACCUUCACUAACCAGUUGUGACAGAGCCGGAGGCAGAUUUGAAUAGAGAAAAAUAGGCCUUUAGGUAUUUCUAUCAAUGCUCACUUCUGCAGGCUCCUUUAAUUUCUCAGUGGAACAGCAGUGGAGAUGGUGGACCUAAGGGGUUUAUACAAAGCUAGCAUUUCUGAUGGUCUGUACUAUAUUGAGGAUAAUCAAAUUGUCCUGCUUUACUAGGAGUAUUGUAAGAAAUAAUAAUUUACAUAAAGUGUUUUCAACAUG